GUGGGACAGGAGACCACCACAGUGCCCCGUGCUGCAUCCCUUGAGGAGCGAUGACGGAAUAUAAGCUUGUGGUAGUGGGCGCUGGUGGUGUGGGGAAGAGCGCCCUGACCAUCCAGCUCAUUCAGAACCACUUUGUGGAUGAGUAUGACCCCACCAUCGAGGACUCCUAUCGGAAGCAAGUGGUUAUCGAUGGUGAGACGUGCCUGCUGGACAUUUUGGACACAGCGGGCCAGGAAGAAUAUAGCGCCAUGCGGGACCAGUACAUGCGCACUGGGGAAGGCUUCCUGUGUGUGUUCGCCAUCAAUAACACCAAGUCCUUCGAGGACAUCCACCAGUACAGGGAGCAGAUCAAACGAGUGAAGGACUCCGAUGACGUGCCCAUGGUGCUGGUGGGGAACAAGUGUGAUCUGGCUGCGCGCACCGUGGAGUCCCGGCAGGCGCAGGACCUCGCCCGCAGCUAUGGCAUCCCCUACAUCGAGACGUCGGCCAAGACGCGCCAGGGCGUGGAGGACGCCUUCUACACGCUGGUGCGAGAGAUCCGGCAGCACAAGGUGCGGAAGCUGAGCCCGCCCGACGAGGGGGGCCCGGGCUGCCUGAGCUGCAGGUGCCUGCUCUCCUGACCUCCCUUCCAGGCCCCCUCUGACAUCCCCGCAGACCCUCUGUGCCCCAGGAGCACAGGCACGGGGCGUGGAAGUGCCGGAUGCUGGGAGGAGGUGCCGACGGAGGAAGGAGGAGGGGAAGGAAGGAAGGAAGGAAGCGCCACCGGAGCCCGGCCAGCCCAGGCUCCCCGGACAGAGUGACCGCAGACCUCCCAGGACGCUUUGCACAGACCGUGGUGACCUGAGGCCCCCGGCACCCCGGCUGUCGCUCUCCUCCCAGCCCCGUCCUGGCCCUUUGGCCACAGGCUGAGUCGCAGUAAAUUAUUUGAUGGUCUUGA